AUGCGGGCGAAGUUGUUCCAAUUCCACGAUAACUACCGUCCACCGUACUAUGGAACCUGGCGAACACGUAGCAAAACGAUCACUGGACGUCGUCCGUUCACUACGAAGGAGGAAAACAUUGACUAUGAAGUGGACUCAGACGCGGAAUGGGAAGAAGAACCUUCAGAUGCUGAAGAGUGCAAGUCUGAUGAAGAGGACGACGCUGGUGGCGACUCAGACGUGGACUCAGAUCAUGAGGCGUUCUUCGUCGAACCCGGCUACCUAUCUGAUGGUGAAGGCGACGAGGCUGACGACGAUUGCGACGAGGGUCAGACAGCAGAGCUGGACGAGGCAUUGCACCAUCAUGACGCCAAGGACGAAGAGGAGCGCCGCGCGCGGCUCGCGGCGCGUGCGCGCGAAUGGAAGACUCGGGUGCUCGGCCGAAAGCAGCCGACCGUGCUGGUGCCGCGGUGCGUGGGCCCGAUCUACUGUGCCGCGCCGCAACCGCUUGCCGCACUACGCGUUGUGCUUUUCUGA